AUGACCACCAUUUGCUCGACGCCCAAUUCCCCGCCCGAAUUGUCCGGGUCCAAGUCCUCCAAAUCAUCCUCCUUCCAUUCCUCCCAGAUCGAUGGUCCAGAAAGCAUCUUUACCGAUAUCUCCAACUUCGAGGAGAUUGGUCUCGAGGAUGAUUCGGACCUCCAGAUUGCCGAUCCCUCUGCCACCCCUUAUGGUCGACCCGGCUUGACCGGUCGAUCUCCUGCACCCAGACUGCCAAAUAAGACUCCAGCGGCCACAACGCGCGAUUUGACGGCGACUCCAAAGCCUCGGAAACGAAGUCCUCUACCUCCGCCGAUAAAUAAUCAGAUCAAUGGCUCUGUCCGCACCCCACAGUCAGCGGGUUCUUUGUCCGCACGCUCUCCCAACCGGAAAGACAGGAGAGGCUCGGCCAGCACUGUCAAUUCGGCCAAUCUGACUCCCUCUUUACCCCGCCGGUCACGAUCAAUAUCCCCAUUACGACCAACCUCGAGCCGGUCCGUCUCCAGUACUACUAGCUUGGCCCUCUCGCCGUUAUCUGCCCGCACACCCACUCAGAAACAAGCAUGGCAGCCUAAUCGCAAAAGCAUUAAAGAUUUGGAAGAGGAAUAUCAUGACUCCGAUGACGAACUUCCCGACGAUGCUAGUCUGUGGAAUAUCCCUAUCUCCCCACGGCCCACUCACGAUCGCCCACCGUCUCGAAGCACAAGUCCCGGUGGCCGCAGUCCAGCUCGGCGACCGCUACCGAUAUCCCAUGAAGUUUCAGAAAAGGCACCGGUGCCAUCGACAUCCAAUGCAUCCAAAGCUGCCCGCAUGAGACGAGCACCGCAAAGAUCAAGCUCUGCUGGACCUGAGCGUGGACAACUUUCACCCCGGAAUCCCCGCACGUACUCUUAUAACAGCUUUUUGUCUGACCUAUCAGAGGAAGCAAGGAUUAUUACGGAGGCAUUGGAGUAUCAUGCGGAUGAGACUGGUCGAGAACGAGAAAAUGCGGUGCAGAAUGGCACGUCACGGAAGUCGAGCUCAGAGUCUCCACGCCCGUCGCGCGAAAAUAUCGAGCUGCCUCCUCUGCAGAAGUCUAAUACCAUGAUCGAUCCUUUGCCUAUUAGUAAAGAGAAGGAGAAGGUUCUCACUCGGACACGCCCUAGUUGGUUGCCACCUAAGGACCAGAAAGAGGAGAAGAAGCACUUGAGGGAAUACAAGCAGAUGAUGGCACAAGCGAAGGAGGCCGAAAAGAAGAGAGUUGCGCGGGCUGCAUCGGCUCAGUGUGAAAAGGAUACAACUCGGGAUACACUUCAAAAUAUUUGGGAUGAAUAUGUUAGCCCCAAUUGGGAUAAAGUCCUACUUGAACCUCGCACCCGAGAACUCUGGUGGCGUGGCAUUCCUGCUCGCAGCCGAGGCGCUAUGUGGCGGCGUGCUCUUGGUAAUGAGUUGUCCUUGAGCGAUGAUUCAUUCACAAAAGCAUUGAAGCGGGCAAAGGACUUGCGGUCUAAGACCGAGACAGAGCCCAGUGAAAAUAAUAAGCGCAUGCUUGAAUGCUUUGAUUCGAUUGAAGCAGAUGCAACGAAGGCAUUCCCGGACUUGAAUCUUUUCCAGGAGAAUGGGCCAUUGCGCGAAACUCUCAUCGAUGUUCUGCAAGCAUAUUGCAUGUACCGUAGUGAUGUGGGAUACAUUCAUGGUCUUCAUACCAUCGCUGCUUUACUUGUUCUUCAGUUCCCGACCCCAAGCUCUGCGUUUGUUGCCAUGGCCAAUGCCCUGAAUCGUCCGCUCCCAGUCGCUUUUCUCACCUGGGAUCGUGGUGCCAUGGCGCGUACGUACGCUCUGGCGAAUGAGACUCUUCGCUACAAGUUCCCCCGCCUCGCGAAGCAUCUCCAAGAGACACUCCAACUAUCGGAUGAAGAAAUAUGGGAGCCCAUCUUCCGCACUCUUCUCACCAAUGGUCUCGACCUCGAACGCAUCUCACGGGUCUGGGAUUGUUGGGUUUUCGAGGGUGAUCGUAUCAUGAUCCGCUCGGCCGUUGCAGUCCUAGGUUGCCUUCAGGCACAACUCUUCUCUUUCCACCAAGCAGACGAUCAAAGCCGUCUCUCUGUACGCAACAUCCUAGGCUGGGGUCCUCGCCACACUGGCGCAAAUAAUCAAAAGCCAAAGGAUCGACACAGUGCCCCUGCCGCGUCCGGAUUUGGUGGUGGUCAGCUGGACAACCCCGGUGUAGCUGAUUACUGGAUCUUGACCGCUGCAGGCAACGAAGAUGGGUUCAUAGCCGCAGUACGGGAAGCUGGAAAGGUCCGACAGCAAUGA